AGUCCCUGCCGGCUCCGGCGACAUGGCUGAUCCCAGAGAGCCCAGCGCUGCCGGAGAGUCAGGUGGCGCAGCCGCUGCCAUUCCGCAGAUCCCGGGGGCACCUCACGUUCCAGGGCCUGGUGGAGCUGCUGCACCCGGAGCCGGAGUUCUGAGGACCCGAGUCUACCAGUUCAGCCUUGCCGUGCCUUUCGCAUCGCCUGGGCGGGCGGACUAUGCCUGCCACCUCCUGACUGAACGUACUCAACUGCGAUGGCCGGUUCGGAGGGAGCUCUACGUUCAUGGCCGCAUGUUGAUUCUCCGUUUGACUGCUGAAGACCAUGACCUGCUCAACACAGCUGUUGCUUUCUUUCUGGAGCAGGUUUCCCUGGUGAGGUGGACCUUGAAGCACUUUUUGCACCCUCUUUUUGCUUAGUCUCCACACGGAAGAGGGGCUUAAACCUUGCCCAUGUGCCCUACCUUCAAGUGUCCUUCCAUUGGGCACUUCUUUCUGCAGU